AGAGAGAAAACCGAAUCCUUGAAAACUCCAAUAAACUAACAAACGAGAAAACCAAACUCUGGAGAAUGGCGAAUCUACCUUCAUCUCUCUCCAUGGGCACACCUUUCGGUGGACCUAGCACCUCCGCACAAAAUCCUACCGGAGCUCCGGCCAACAAAGAUCGCAAUUUGGCCUCUGCUGAGCAGUUGGUACUCGAUCUCAGCAAUCCUGAACUCAGAGAGAAUGCUCUUCUCGAGCUUUCCAAGAAAAGAGAAUUGUUUCAGGAUCUGGCGCCUCUGUUGUGGAACUCUUUUGGUACAAUUGCUGCUUUGUUGCAGGAGAUAGUAUCAAUCUACUCUGUUCUUGCACCUCCAAAUCUGACUCCUGCUCAGUCCAACCGUGUUUGCAACUCGCUCGCCCUUCUUCAGUGCGUAGCAUCUCAUUCUGACACGAGAAUGUUAUUUCUCAAGGCUCAUAUCCCAUUGUACCUUUAUCCCUUCCUUAAUACAACGAGUAAGUCAAGACCUUUCGAAUACUUGCGGCUUACUAGCUUAGGUGUCAUUGGUGCACUUGUGAAGGUUGAUGAUACAGAGGUCAUUAGCUUCCUACUUUCAACUGAAAUUAUUCCGCUGUGCCUCCGUACCAUGGAAAUGGGGAGUGAGCUGUCAAAAACAGUGGCAACAUUUAUUGUUCAAAAGAUAUUGUUGGAUGAUGUGGGGAUGGAUUACAUCUGCACAACAGCAGAGCGGUUUUUUGCAGUUGGUCGAGUGUUGGGCAACAUGGUUCAGUCACUUGUGGAGCAGCCUUCUCCGCGGCUUUUGAAGCAUAUCAUUCGUUGCUAUCUCCGUCUAUCAGACAACCCAAGGGCUUGUGCUGCACUCGCAAGCUGUCUCCCUGACUCGCUAAGAGAUGGAACCUUUAGCAAUUGUCUUCGCGAGGAUCCAACUGCAAGGAGGUGGCUGCAACAGUUGGUUCACAAUGUUGGAGUUGGUCGAGUCCCAACACAUCAAGGUGGAGGAUUUGAGCACAUGCUUUGAGCGGAAUCCAUCUCAGCCCAUCCAUGGAGUAUUUCUUCUGGUUUUGUUUCUAAAUUAUUUUUGUGCUUUUGAUGCCUUAACUUAGAUGAUGGGUUAUAGGCUUUUUAGUCUGUUUGAAAUUCUUAUUGUAAUUAUUUAUAAGCUUUAGAUCAAAACCCCAAGAAUGCAUAAGUCUCGGGAUAAUAAAAGAUUGGUUACAAA